AAUAAUCAGACCACAAGACCGGCGUCCUCCUCCGCCUCGAUUUCACCGACACCCCACUUCGCAACAUUCACUGUUCAUCCCGUCGCGUGCCUCCACGUGUGACACACACCGGUACCUACAGUACACAGCUCUCAUAAGCACGAGAUCUCUCUCCCGCACAACAACAACGACCAACGCAAUCUCACGCUUCCCCGACCUACCAGAUCCUACACCAGGGCCGAGAUACUUCGAGGACUGAAAGACCAUAAGAGCCGCGGCCUACGCGCCGCGAGGACCAGACACUAUGGACGAGGCUGGCAGAAUACGGCGCAAGGACACCACCAAGGGCCCGCCUCUGCGCAUUCUCUGCCUGGACGGCGGAGGAGUGCGUGGCUUCUCCAUGCUCAUCAUCCUGCAAGAGCUGAUGCACAAGAUCUUCGUGGAGAUUCACGGCCGACCGCCAAAGCGAGAUGAAAUACCAAAGCCAUGCGACCACUUCGAUCUCAUCGCAGGGACGGGUACAGGAGGGUUGAUUGCAAUCAUGCUGGGCAGACUGCGCCUCGACCUGGACACUUGCAAAGAAGUGUACGUGCGCAUGACAAAAAGGGUAUUUGAGACGGACAAGACCCUCUUUGGUAUGCCGCUGAAGUCGACCAUGUUCAAGGCAAGUCGGUUGGAAGACGCGAUUCGGCAGUGCGUACGGGAACAUACCAUAUCUGACGGAGAGGGCAACGACACCCUCGCGAAUGCCACGCCAAUGACACCGACCUCAGACAGUUCAAGUCCGUCAACAAGACAGAGAACGAUCAGCCAGGGUAGUGAUUACAGCAGGAUGGGCAUGAGUCCGCCAGGUGGUGGCGUCUCAUUCGCAGCAGGACGAUCUGGCAACCCGAAUACAUUAUUGUACGAUACCAGGGAAAACAGAACCAAGACAGCAGUCACGGCAGUACUCGCGGGGUCAUCCGUCAUCGGGUUGCUACGAUCAUAUGAUUCUCGAAAGGAGCCAGCACCCGACGUCAACUGUACCAUCUGGCAAGCCGGACGAGCGACUUGUGCGACUCAGCUGGCCUUCAAGCCAAUUCAAAUCGGCCUUUCCGUGUAUCUCGAUGAAGGAGCUGGCAAAUACAACCCAUCGCCACGAAUUUUGGAUGAAGCAGUACAAAACGAAUGGCCAGGCCGGGAGGUGGGAGUAUUUGUAAGCGUCGGGACUGGUAAAAGGCCUCCGAACACCAAUAAGAAGGACCAUGAGUGGUGGGAGGGCGUUCUAGGUGGAAGUAUGAGCGACUUUGCGGAAGCGAGAAGGAAGCUCAUCGCGAAAAUGGAGGGAUGUGAGGAUUCUCACCAGUUUAUGCUCCGUGAGCAUCUCAAUGCAAGAGGCGUCAACCCGGAGAACUACUAUCGCUUGAACUGCGAGCUUGGGGUAGGCGAAAUGGCGAUGAAUGAAUGGUACCGGCUCUCCGAAAUCAGCACCAACACCAGGGCAUACUUGAGCAAGGCAGACGUUCAAAUCAAGACAGUGGAUGCGGCGGCAAAAGUCGGCAAAAUCCACUUUACUAAGGUCAGGUCAGAGCGCGCUGAAGCCAGGAAGCGAGCUGGACACGAUGGACCCGAAUAUGGCAGGUCUGACGGGCAGCCGGAUCACUCUCGAGACCACCGCUGGCCGCCCAUGCCACUCGAGUCGCCCGCGAACAACUUGGCUGUUGAAUUGCCUGGGGAUGACCACUUCCGCCCUGGAAUGUACUCGCCUACUGAUCCGAACUACGUCCAUCGGUCAGGGCUUGCCGAUCAUAAGCACAGCCUGUCCGGCGCCAGCUACGACCAAGAUUGGCGUUAUCAACCGCGACAUGGCUCAAAUGGCGGCUAUUCCUCCCAACAAUAUCCACCACAUCGACCAUCCCAAGACCUUCCUCACAGCCGAUAUUCCACUAACUCCUACUUGGACAACUCUCCACGCCAAAGUCAGGACUUUCCCCACGCCCAGCAGAAUUACCAGCCCCCAUCACCUCCUCCUGUGCCGCCGAAAACUCCGGUCACAGGAGGUUUGCCGUAUCCGGGUUAUGGUGCGCCAGCACCUCUACAGCCAAGGACAUUUAUGAAUAUGGGAGCGUUGGGCAGUCAUUUGCCGUAUCCGGAUAUAGAUGGACCGCCGCCGCCGGUGAAUUUGGGGAGUAAACCGCAGAUUUCGUGA